GUCGGAGCUCACUUCCUGUUCAACUUUGACUUUCUCGGGCUUCUGAUGAAAACUGUUCUUGGAGGAUGAAGCUGUACUGCUUAUCUGGUCAUCCAACUUUGCCAUGCAAUAUCCUGAAGUACAAGUCCACCACCAUCAUGCUGGACUGUGGGUUGGACAUGACGUCGGCCCUCCACUUCCUCCCUUUGCCACUUGUCCACAGCCCAAGGCUUUCUAAACUACCAGGCUGGAUUACAAAAGAUGGAAACACUAUGUUAGAAAAGGAGCUGAAAGAUUGUGCUGGGCGGGUGUUUGUUGACUCAGUACCAGAAUUCUGUCUCCCUGAGACGGAGUUAUUGGAUCUGUCCACUGUAGAUGUGAUCCUGAUAUCAAAUUAUCACUGCAUGAUGGCUUUGCCCUACAUCACAGAACACACUGGCUUCACUGGGACAGUGUAUGCUACUGAACCCACAAUGACGAUUGGAAGGCUACUCAUGGAAGAGCUAGUAAGCUUUAUGGAGCGUGUACCAAAGCCACAGUCUGCCACCCUCUGGAAGAACCAGGAAAUGUUCAGGCACUUACCUGCUCCUCUAAAAGAUGCUGUGGAGGUUUUGACUUGGAAACGUUGCUAUACAAUGUCAGAAGUUAACUUGGCCCUAAGUAAGGUUCAGCUCGUAGGGUAUUCUCAGAAAAUAGAACUGUUUGGUGCAGUGCAGAUCACUCCUCUUAGCUCGGGUUACUGUCUAGGAAGCUCUAAUUGGAUCAUCCAGUCGCACUAUGAGAAAGUGGCCUAUGUCUCGGGAUCAUCACUACUCACUACCCAUCCACAGCCCAUGGAACAAACUUCCUUGAAAAAUAGUGAUGUCCUCAUCCUGACUGGAUUGACUCAAAUCCCCACUGCAAAUCCUGAUGGCAUGUUGGGAGAAUUCUGCAGUAACUUAGCUGUGACCAUUCGAAGUGGGGGGAAUGUCCUGGUUCCGUGCUAUCCUUCUGGUGUAAUAUACGACUUGCUGGAAUGUCUGUACCAGUACAUCGAUUCAGCGGGACUAUCCAGUGUCCCAUUCUACUUCAUUUCUCCUGUAGCCAACAGCUCACUGGAGUUCUCCCAGAUCUUUGCAGAGUGGCUUUGUCACAACAAGCAGUCAAAGGUUUACCUCCCAGAGCCACCAUUUCCACAUGCAGAGCUGAUUCAAACCAAUAAACUAAAGCACUACCCCAGCAUCCAUGGGGAUUUCAGCAAUGACUUCAGACAGCCCUGCGUAGUGUUCACAGGCCACCCUUCCCUCAGGUUUGGAGAUGUUGUCCACUUCCUGGAGCUGUGGGGAAAAUCGAGCCUCAACACCAUCAUUUUCACAGAACCAGAUUUUUCUUACUUGGAAGCAUUGGCACCAUACCAGCCACUGUCUAUGAAGUGUGUCUACUGUCCAAUUGAUACACGAUUAAACUUCAUCCAAGUCUCAAAAUUAUUGAAGGAAGUUCAGCCAUUGCAUGUUGUAUGCCCAGAGCAAUAUACUCAACCCCCUCCUGCGCAAUCUCACCGUACCGAUCUGAUGAUUGACUGCCAACCCUCACCAAUGGCUUACCGGAGGGCUGAAGUACUGACCCUCCCCUUCAAACGGCGCUAUGAAAAAAUUGAGCUGAUGCCCGAUCUUGCAGAAUCUCUCAUCCCUUCUGAGAUCAAACCCGGCAUCUCUAUGGCAACUGUGUCUGCAGUACUGCAAACCAAAGACAACAAGCACAUACUUCGCUCACUUCCAAAACCAGUGCAGCAGCCAACUGGCAAGAAGAGGAAACGGUUAAACGAUGAGAUCCCUGAGUUCAAACCACCCAAACCACUGCUGUGUGGCUCAAUCACCAUUGAACAAUUUGUACAGAGCUUAGAAAAGCACGGCAUUACUGAUGUCAAGGUUGAGGACACACCAGAAGGACACAUUGUUCACCUUCAAUCUGAAGACACACUGAUUCAGAUUGAAGAGGACUCGACGCACAUAAUUUGCGACAACAACGAGCCACUUCGCACCAAACUUCGAGAUUUAGUCCUCAAAUUUCUGCAGAAGUUAUGAGCUUCUCUGUGACUUUCUUUUUAGUGGCUUCAGGAUUUGGGGCUUGUUGAUGGGAGCACGCUGCAACUUGUCAAUAGAGGAUAAUGUGUGUAGUUGGGACUAAUAGUUUCCAGUCCCUCAAGCCAGAUCUACCUUUCAAUAAGUUAAUGACUUUUCCAUCUACAACUCCAUUUACCUGUCUUGGUAUGUAUUCUGUGAUACCAUUGACCAGAAAAAUGUUGGCAGUCUCCAUUUUGACAUUUUCCUGGGCCCACCCCAUUCCAGCUUCAACGGAAUAUUUUGCGGAAUAAAUAGUCCCAUUUACCUAAAGAAAUUCUUCCUGACUCCACCCCCUGAAUAACCUGGCUCUCAUUUUAAGGUCAUGUUCCUGUUCUUAACUUCUAUACAAGGAACUGAUUUGUUCUUCUCCCUCUUCCCCAAUCAAAUCCUUCAAAUGUAUUGAACACUGCAAUUAGCCCCUUCUUCUGUUAGGUGAUAGAUACAAUUGUACAAUAGAAUCCUCGAGUGAAGCCUGCAAGUUUAUAAACUUCAAUCUUAAUUACAACCAGAUGAAAUGUUGAACUUGCUGACAAAGACACUUUUUGAUCAAAACUGCAGAUGGUGGGAGUUAUUCCAUUAAUGUAUAAUGUUGUGGCUCAGCUGGUUCAACUGCUGUCUGAGUCAAAGGGUUAUGGGUUUAGGUCUGACACCAUAUACCCGUGUACAAAUAUCGAGGCUGACACUUCUGUUCAGCAGAAUGAUGCCACAUAUCUGGUCGUACUGUCUUUUUGGAAUGUUAGGGUGAGACCUUAUCUUCAUUCACAUGAAGCAGAAAAUUCGCCAAUAUUUCUCCCUCAGCCAUUAUCAUUAAAACAUAUUAUCAAGUGGUUGUCACUUUGCUUGAUGAGCACCAAUAAGUACAUUGUCCGUAAAGUGCUAUCGUGCAUUGUGACAAGCACUAUCUGAAUGUAGGUCUUUUUAAGUAUCAAAUUACGUACUGUAAUGUAUUAUGUAAAUAGAAGAUCAUCAUUAAUCACAAUUUUUUUUUUAAGAGAAAUUAUCUCCAUAUUAUUUGGUUCAUUUUUUUACAUCAUUUGCUAGAUUAAGCGAUGACUGGAAUCAAUUUUUACUGAUCCUCAAUAUUGUCUGCAGAAAAUAUUCCUUUGAACAUAAGCAUUCAAUCAAUAUAGUCAUACAACACAAACAUGUGUUAUAGGCCCUUUAUCUCAUCAUAAUAUAUCUGCAUAAGACUUGUCACAGCAAAGAUACUUCCAUUAUUCCAGAACACAGCUUAAUGGACUGCUAUUUGGAAUCCAUUAUUCUGGAGACGUGAAUGUACCUUUCCAUCAUAUGGAACAUAUUCAUUAGUUAUGCAGUAUUUCUUUCUGUAAUUUUACAGAGAUGCAGCUAUGUUAUAGCAUGGAAAGAGGCUAUUCGACCCGUAGAGUUUAUUCAAGCUCUAUGUACAAGCAAUCCAGCUUAUCCCACUCCCCACCUUUUUCCCCAUAACCCAAGAAUUUCAAAAUUCAGAUACUUGCCCAUCUCUCUUUAAAACUGCAAUUAAAUCUGCUUAAAUGUACUACACCUGACAGUGCAUUCAAGACCCCAACCACGUGUAAUUUUAUUUUAUUUUUGCAGUUACCUCCAACCUUUAUCCCCAUAUUGACCCCUCACCCAAUGGGAACAUUUUCUAAAUACAUUCUUCAUGAUUUUAAAUACUUCUGUCAGAUCCCCUUACAACCUCCUUCAUUCCAAGAAAACAAUCCUGGCUUUGACAUUCUCACCACAUUGCCCUCCAUCGUGGGGGAGUUCACAGAUGAGGUGGUAUGCUUUGGAUCUAGGGCAUUUCCUUCUCUCCUCCAUACUUUGCUCUUGCCAUCACUCUGAUAUAAGUUAAUAUUCGUCUCAUC